UGCCUGAGAAGGCCUGGAUGGGGUCUCUCCCCAGCUGUACGACAUGUUUCCCUGGGCCUUCCGCCACCUCCCGGGACCUCAGCAGGAGCUAUUUAGGUACCAAGAGGCCGUGCGAGGCUUAAUCCGCCAGGAGAUCACGGCGCACCAGCUCAGAGGACCCGGAGCCCCAAAGGACUUCAUCAGCUGCUACCUGGCUCAGAUGGCUGAGGCCACGGACGACCCUGUCUCCACUUUCAACGAGGAUAACCUGAUCCAGGUGGUGACAGACCUGUUCCUGGGAGGCACCGACACCACGGCCACCACUCUGCGCUGGGCACUCUUCUACAUGGUCCAGCACGGGGCUAUCCAGGGUGAGGGCCCGCGGGUGCACCUGGCACUGCUACGUCCUCCUGGGGCUUCUGGGGUGUGGGCACCAACCCCGCUACUGGGUUCUGGGGCCCCAGGGUGGGUCCUGCUCGCACCCAUGUGGCUCAGCAAGUGCUCUUGGCUUUGGGCUGGGUACCGGGCCCUCUGCAGCUCCCUGAGCCACCCCAGCUCCCCUCUGCAGGGCACCAUCAUCUUGCCCAACCUGGCCUCCGUGCUCCAUGACCCUGAGUGCUGGGAGACUCCUCGACAGUUCAAUCCAGGUCACUUCCUGGACAAGGAUGGAAACUUUGUGGUCAAUGAGGCCUUUCUGCCCUUCUCUGCAGGGCAUCGGGUGUGCCCAGGAGAGCAGCUGGCGCGAAUGGAGCUCUUCCUGAUGUUCGCCACCCUCCUCAGGACCUUUCGGUUCCAACUGCCAGAGGGGAGCCCGGGGCUCAGGCUGGAGUCUGUCUUCGGGGGCACUCUGCAGCCCCAGCCCCAGAAGAUCUGUGCAGUGCCCCGCCUGAGCGAGCCCAGCCCGCGUCAUAGGGAAGCCGGCCUGUAGCCAGUCAGGGUCUGGAGGCCCGUCCUCCUGCAAAGACAGAGAAGGGAAAGGACGGGGUUCCCAGCUCACCUGCUCGUCAUUCCCCAACACAAGCUCCCUGGGGCGACAUAGGCGAGUAGAUUUAUCAAGGAUCCUACACAUGUAGCUGAGUUUUUAGGUUAGAUUGCUUUGACAGGGAAGGAUUUUACAAGUUAGUGAAGGUUUGGCAUUAAAGCAAUACACAGGGUUAAUUUUGGGGGAAUCAAACCUCACAAGGCACCAGCUUAAAGGUUCAGAGGAAAGGCUUUCUAGCAAAACCGUAAACAUAAAAAUGCAUGCAAAAUACCGUGGAUGCCAGGGACUGAUACCUCCAAAAUAGGCAGCUGACUUUCUGCCCUCGCCUGCCCUCUCCCGACCACAGGGAAGAAGUACACGUCCCUGUGGACCCAGAGCAGGGAAAGAUCUAGGCAAAGCCAGAAGCCAACAUAAUUGUUCCCAGCAAAUUCUCCACCAAGGAUUCCCUGUACCUUCCCCAGAAGGGUCCCCAAGUUUUGAAACUUUAUGUCUCUAGAUAAAUCUUCUUUAUUAAAAAAAAAUUAUUUGCAUUGGGGCUAGCAGGUGGU